AUGGCAUCCUCACAGCAACGGGACCACGGUGGCCACUCACAUGGUCACCAUCACCACCAUGACAAUACCUACCUGACGUCGAAAAACAAGGCAGAUGCUGGUAUCGCGGAUGCAUUUCAUUCCCUGACAGAUCUCAUCUCAGAUAUCAUGACAUUAGCUACAGUAUCUUUUGCCCUAAAGAAACCAACAGAACGAUUUCCCAACGGUUAUGGAAAGAUAGAGAGCAUGGGAAGCUUGGGUGUCAGUAGCUUGUUGCUGGUUGGCGGGUUACUUAUGGGCGACCUAUCAGGAUAUCACGCUUUGGACGCCUUGUAUGCACAGUUCUUUUUGGAUCACGCUGAGGCCUUGGCACAUGCGGCCCACGGCCACGGACAUGGCCACGGUCACUCACACUCGCAUACCGAUCUGGGACCAAAUGUGAAUGCAGCAUGGCUCGCAGCGGCAUCAAUUCUCAUCAAAGAAUGGCUGUACCAAGCCACUAUGAAAGUUGCCAAAGAACGUAAAUCCUCCGUCCUUGCCUCGAACGCGGUCCACCACAGAAUCGACUCCUUGACCGCCGUCGUCGCCCUUGCAUCCAUCACCGGUUCGCAUUUCCUUGAUAACGCAAGCUGGCUCGACCCCGUUGGCGGUCUCCUUGUCUCCAUAAUGGUUAUCACUGCGGGCUUCGGAAACACUAGGGCUGCGCUAACGGAACUUGUCGACGUCGGACUUGAUGAUGAGGUUAGGGGUGAUAUUAAGGAAGCUGCGGAGAAGGCCCUCGCUCUACGACAGGAAAGACUGAGCCUUCGGGGCGUUGGUGGACUUAAAUCUGGACAGAACCUUCUUGCCGAGCUGACGGUCGAGGUUCCGGUUGGCACCACCGUGGCACAGACUGCUAGGAUUGAGGAAGAGUUACGAGAAAUCGUUGGCGCGGAGGUGAGAGGAAUCAGGAGGGUCAAGGUUAGAUUUGUAGAAGAGGGAGUAGCCGAGCAGACCGAGUUCGUGGAGAAGGAACAAUCCCUUGAGUUGGAGAAACAUGAGCACCACGACCACGACCACGAACCCAAGGGUGGGAAGGCGUUAUAG